AGGGGAAAAUGGGGGUGGAGACGACGGGGCAGUGGUUGGAGAAGGCGUUGACGGAGCUGUGCCAGAAGAUUGAGACCGGUAUUCAAUUAGAUGGCGAAAUCAUAUCAGGUCUCGUUUCCUACUGUGAGAUGGCUCCUCCACUCGAUGCAAAGGAAUACCUUGAUAAUAUCAUUGGAGAGGAAGCUGGGAAGAGUGUAACCGAUGAGUACUUAAAACGAAGAGGUCACAGAAAUGUGUACGAUACCAGCAAAGACACUCCAACUUCCAGUUUACAUGCCUAUGUCAAACCACGUUCAGAUGAAGGUCCCUCUGUCACAUCUAAAAAAGCACAAAGAGCACCAAAAGAGGCAAAGCCUUCCACAAGUCAGGACAAUCAAUCUAAACAUGUGCCAGCUCAGUCCACAAAUGAAAAACCUGUGAAUCAAGGUAGUUCGAGAAAGAAAAAAUCUGGAAAAGUUAUUUCUCUGGCUGAGGCUGCGAAAGGAUCUAUUGUAUUUCAGAAGGGGAAGCCCUGCACAUGCCAAGCCCGCCGUCAUGGGUUGGUCAGCAAUUGUAUAUCUUGCGGAAAGAUAGUCUGUGAGCAGGAGGGCGAGGGGCCUUGCAAUUUUUGCGGUGCCCUUGUGCUGAGGGAGGGAAGCACAUAUGCUGGUUUGGAUGAAGGCCUUAUGGUUUUAACCGAUGCUGAGGCAGCUGCUGAAGCAUAUGCUAAAAGGCUAGUUGAAUAUGACCGAAAUGCAGCAGCUCGUACAACAGUUAUAGAUGACCAGAGUGACUACUACGAGAUGGAAGGAAAUACCUGGCUCUCGAAUGAGGAGAAGGAACUUCUGAGAAAGAAAAGGGAGGAGAUAGAAGAAGCUGAACGAUCCAAGCGAAGUAAAGUGGUCAUGACCUUUGAUCUGCUCGGUCGCAAGGUACUUAUGAAUGAGGAUGAAGCUUCUGAAGAAAUGCAAAACAGUAUAUUACUCCGGCCGCCUGAAAAAGAAGAUAUCCGCAUCAAACCAAAUCCACAUCUCAAAGUUCAACCAAUAUUCAUCGACCCCGGUCCUAGAAAAACUCCCAAGGAAAGAACUUUGAGCAAAGGCGUUAGCACCGGGUUGUGCUUGGAGAUAAGUGGGAGGGUACAGCAUGGACCAAAUGAACUAAAUGUUCUGUGAAGAUCUGGUGGGCUGUGUUUCAUGGAUAUCGCGCUCUGGAAGAAAUAGUCGAAGAGAAAUUAGCUGCAAGAAGCUAUAGCUGCUUUGCACUUGCUAGUUUCCCAAAGUGAACUGAAGAAAAAAGAAGGCAUGUCCCCUGUUUUCUCUGAAACUUGCUUUUUUGUAGCAUUAAGAUCUAAGCUUAUCAACUGCAAAAUUUUAUUUAAAAUUUUGAAUAUGUUUUGUCUA